GAAUUCAAAAUCAUAUAUAGAGAGAGCUCAAAUUUUCACAGCGCCGAAGAAGAAGAAGAAAAAGAAGAUGCAGAUAUUCGUGAAAACCUUAACUGGGAAAACCAUCACUCUCGAGGUAGAGAGCAGUGACACCAUCGACAAUGUCAAAACCAAAAUCCAAGACAAGGAAGGAAUCCCACCUGAUCAGCAGCGUCUGAUAUUUGCUGGGAAGCAGCUUGAAGAUGGAAGGACCUUAGCUGAUUACAACAUUCAAAAGGAGUCUACUCUGCAUCUUGUGCUGAGGCUCCGCGGUGGUAUCAUUGAGCCUUCUUUGAUGGCUUUGGCUCGCAAGUACAAUCAAGACAAGAUGAUUUGCCGCAAAUGCUAUGCUCGUCUUCAUCCAAGGGCCGUAAACUGCCGCAAAAAGAAGUGUGGCCAUAGUAAUCAGUUGAGGCCAAAGAAGAAGAUCAAGUAAACUAUGUCUGUUCUUGUUUGUCUUCAGUGUUGUGCAACUCCUACAAGUUUUCAUUUUACAAUUGAUUUCAUCCCCUUUUUGAUACUAAUGGGUUUCAAACUGUUUUGGACAUGUUUUGUAGCAUUCAACUAUACAUACUUUUACUUAUGAUGGCAUUAUGAUUUCUACCAUUUUUAAA